AUGGAAAACAAGAUUUUGUGGAUAAUACCUCUUUACUUAAAUUGUAACAACUGGGAAACUGACUUCGAGCAACUAACCGAGCUACUAAACAACAGAAAUGCGUCAAACGUUUUAAUGAUCGGAGAUUUCAAUGCAAAGGUUGGACAAGAACCAAGUGUGAUGAACGCAAUCAAUGGAAUAAAUAGGCGAUCAAAGGAUGCAGUAUGCAAUGCAAGGGGAAAAAAACUCUUAGAGCUCUGCGAUUCUUUUGCCCUUCGAAUUCAAAAUGGAACUAGUUUGAGCGACGGUGUCGGCAAUUUCACAUUUGCCAGCGGGCAAGGAACUUCGGUGAUAGACUAUAGCAUCUUAGAAACUACGAGCAUGAAGCUGCUUGCAAAACUAAGAUGGAAAGAGUCAACAGCACCUAUGUAUAGACGUUUACUUGAUUUGAAGCUUCAAACUCAAGAGGAUGUGGACUUUGGUCAUUUAGAAGAAAUAAUCAAGACCUCAUACUCACAAAAGCAAGUUAAAAAUAAAGUAGGCAGUAAAGAACCGUGGUUCGACGAACAAUGUCAGCUUGCGCGCAUGGAUACAUUUCGUUGGCUUAAUAUGUUCAGAAAUUUAAAUGAAAGUCGUUUUAAAGAUAAAUAUACCGAGGCGAAUAAAAAAUACAAGGAGCUGUGCAGAAGCAAAAAGAGAAGCUACAGUGAAUUAGAAGCGUCGAGGUUGGCGAAUUGUAAAGAUGCAUCGGAAUUCUGGAAGCUUGCAUGGAAACUUAAUGGCAAACAAUUUACUAUAAAUACGAAUCUCUGUAAGAAUGCAUUGAGGGAACAUUUCAACGUUUUGCUGAAUCCAACACCAAGUACCUUAAAUUGGCAAUAUGCAGUUCCUGGAUUUGAAAACGAAAUUUUAUAUACUGAAAUCACUUCGCAUGAAAUUGACUUAAUUUUGGGAGGCCUUAAAGAUGGAAAGGCCCCAGGAGCAAAGGGGAUACCUGCAGCCUUUGAUACCAUAGACCGAAGAGCUUUAUUAUACAAAUUGUAUGGAGUGGGCUUGUCACGAAAAUUUGGGCGAGUUCUGGAAGCUUUGUAUAAGGAAACACAUGCAGCAGUGUGGAAUGGAGCAGAACUUUCAGACUGGUUUGAAACUGGAUCCGGUGUCAAGCAGGGAUGCGCAUUAAGUCCAACAUUAUUUGCUCUCUUCAUAGAUGAUCUGAUUGACUAUCUGCCCGGCGGAGUGGUCUUCGCGGGAGAGAGUAUAAAGGCGCUUCUCUUUGCGGAUGACGUAGUAAUGUUUGCAAAUUCCCCUGAAACUCUGCAACUCAUGAUCAAUAGAGUACAUGAUUAUUGCCGGUUAUGGAGCCUCAUAGUCAAUAUCGAAAAAUCGAAAGUAAUGAUUUUUAGAAAAAGUGGUGGAAGAACCGCAUCAAACGAAAAGUGGAAAUUCAAUGGGGAAAAUAUUGAGAUUGUCAACGAUUAUAAGUAUCUAGGUGUCUACUUCUCGAAGAACUUGAGUAUGGAGAAGCAUUUUAAGGAAAAGCUCCAGAAAGCAAAAGCGGCUAUCAAUAUCUCAUGGAAGAAAUGUUGUAUGAACAAAAACAUCGCGCAUAGCAGCAAAUACAAGGUAUUUGAAGCAGUUGCGGAGACCAUUCUGCUAUAUGGAUCUCAGGUUUGGGGAAGUAAGAAGUUUGACCCAGUUGAACAACUUUUGAGGUUUUAUGUGAAAAGGAUAUUCCAUCUACCAGCAAACACGCCUAAUUAUGUUAUUAUGAUUGAGACGGGGCUAUCACCGCUGUUCAUAAAAACGCUUAAGCUCCAAUCGUAG